AUGAAGUAUCAAACGGAAUAUCAAAGAAAUUUUCAAAAACGAACACCGAGAAAAGUUGAUGAUUAUACACAUGUAGAACGAAAAUUACAUGAUGUACCAAUAAGACAUUCAUCAUUAUCACCAUCCCGUCGUCGUGGUCGUUCAUUACCAACAUCACCUAUUCGAAAUAAUAAUAAUUUUGCGGUUAUUGGUCCAAAUGAAAAAUUUUCAAAUUCACAUCUUUAUCGACUUCGACAACCGAUUAAAGAUAAUUCUCGAAUGAAGAAAUCACGUGAAUAUGCCAUUUUAGGACGAAAUGAAAAAUUUCAAGAUAAUGUUAUCUAUCCAAUGAGAAAACCAAUAUCGGAUGAUUCAUCAAGAAUUCCAGCACGGCGACAUGAACAUGAAAAUCAUUCAUGUGGUAUUCAAACUGAAUCUCAAAAAGCACCAUAUGUAUCUUUUGAUCCUAAAUAUGGACGCGAAGUUGUUCCUGUUCGAAGUCGUAUUGGUCCACAAAGUGAAUAUCAACAACAAUAUAACUGGAAACAACCCUUAGGAGAUUUAGUUGGUGAUCAAAUGCUUGUGGAUGAAUCAAAAGUGCGUGAUCGACGUUCAGAUCCAGCUUUACCAUUGACAGUUAUUGAUCCAUCUGAAAAAAUUCUCAAUGAAAAAGUGUCUGUUGCUGUUAAUACACCAGCACGUGUUGAAAUUGAUUUUAAUAAACCUAAACCACAAGUAAGUCGAAGUGCUACUGGUCCAAUAAGUUCAAUUCAAUUAAAAAAUGAUAAAAUAUCUGAAUAUCAAUCACGUUAUAAACCACUAGUUAAUCAAAAAAAACCUCGAACACGUAAAGCAUUUGAAGCAGAACAAGCUGAAGAACGAAAACGAAAAGAAAUUGCUAAAGCUGAACAUGCUCAUACAGAUGAUGAAGGUAUUGGUAGCAAUAUUGAUUUAGGAAACGAAUUUCAACAAAAACAUUCACAUGGAAAUUUAAGACGUUGGAAAUCUGAAUAUCAAACAACAUAUAAACCUUUUUGGCGUUUUGAUUAUAAAAAUGGCAAAUGGUAUAAAGAUGCUGCAGCAGAAGAAGUAGGUUUUAAUCCAAAUUUAUUUUGGUAUAAAGAAUUAAUGUCAACACGUAAACGAGCUGAUGAAUAUCGUGCUAAUGCAGAAGCUGAUCAUUUUAAUCGUAAUCAUACACUACAAUUACAAACAGGUUAUGGUGGAACAAAAAGUUAUCUUGCAUGGGAUACAAAUAAUGAUAAUGAUACUGAUAGUGUUAUUUCUAUUGAUCGUGAUUUAGAACGUCGACGUCAACGUGAAAGAGAAAUUCAACGACAAAUCGAUGAACGUAUUCAAUCAAAAAUUCAUCAUUAUCAGGAUAAACAAUAUGAACGACCAUCAGGAGGAACAAAGACUGAUGGAAUAGCACAAACUGAUCAUCAAGUUGAUCGUGUUGUUUACAUUGAUGAACCAAUACCAAAAGUACCAAGUGUUGCAACUAAAGCAUUUGUACGUAAUUUAAAUUCAUCAUCUGUUCAACAACAUAUGUCAUGGGAUUCCGAAAGUUUAUAUACUCAAAGAACAAAUUCGGAUAUAGAUUUUAAAUCAAAUAUUGCUCGAGAUUUACAUCGAAAACAUUAUACAAAUGGUGAAUCAAAUGUUAUUCGAAAAGCAUCACCAAUAAAACAAGACAAUCGAGCUACAAGUGCUCAUUCACCAUUGAUUAAUGAACGACAACAAACAAAUCAUAUUUAUACAUCACCACAUACAAAUAAACGAACAGUUCAACACAAUGAUAUUAUCCGUCCAUCAACAAGUUUUCAGGAAACACGACAUGCUGCUGGUCGAUCAAGUGAUGAUACACAUAUAUUUGAUAAACGUCUACCUACACGACCUCAUACAAGCAUGAAUGAUUAUCAUUCAUAUCACGGUAAUCAAUAUAAAGAUAAAAUAACAGAUAAUAAUGAUGAUAAUCAUCAACCAAAAUAUACACCAACAUCAACAACACCAUUUCAAGUUCAUUUAGAUAGAUUAGAUGAACGUUUUGAACAGAAUUCUAAUGCACGUCAUAAAGAUGAUGACAUUCUUUCGAUUAAUUCUGCUCGAUCAUUAUCAUCGAGUUGUAGUUUAGCAUCUCAAACACUUGAACGUGCUCAACAAAAUAUGAAUAAAUAUUGGGGUGGUCAUUCACCAGCUUCUAUUGAUUCACCUAAGAAACCUUUUAGUGCCAAACAUUGA